GAAACAGACAUGGACUGUUGGUCCCAAGCAGUACGACAGACCAAGAGCUUCAACAUAUCCGCAAUAGUCUUCCAGAUUCUGUACGAAUUCAACGUGUGCGUCUCUCAGCACUGGGCAAUGUCACCACCUGCAAUGACUACGUAGCUCUUGUUCAUCCCGAUCUUGACAGGGAGACAGAAGAGAUCUUGGCAGACGUACUGAAGGUUGAGGUUUUCAGACAAACGGUAGCAGAUCAGGUGCUGGUAGGAAGUUACUGUGUUUUUAGUAACCAAGGAGGAAUCGUGCACCCCAAAACUUCAAUUGAUGAUCAGGAUGAACUGUCUUCGUUGCUCCAGGUCCCACUUGUGGCCGGAACGGUGAAUCGUGGCAGUAUGGUUGUGAAUGACUGGUGUGCCUUCUGUGGCCUGGACACAACCAGCACCGAGCUCUCCGUCAUCGAGAGUAUCUUCAGGCUGAAUGAAGCUCAGCCGAGUACCAUUGCUACCAACAUGAGAGAUUCCUUGAUUGACAGCUUGACAUGA